GGCUGCCCUCUCAGCGGCUUCGUGUCCGCCGUGCCCACCCACCCUUUCGUCCUGCACCUGCAGCGGGAAAUCGACGGGUCGGGCGUCGCGGUCACUCGCGAGUGCGCUGACAACCUUUGCGGUGACCUCAAGGAGACCUCAGCCCUGCAG